AUGAGACUACUGGAGAAUAUUUAUCGACGUUAUGGAUGUUACUUAGCAAAACGUCCACUGCCUUUUUUGGUUAUACCAGUAAUUAUAACAGUUAUUUCAUCUUUCGGGCUACUUCGUUUUCAUGCUAAUGAUGACAUUAGACAUCUUUUUUCACCUAUAAAUGGUCUAACUCGUGUAGAAGAAAAAGGUUUGGAACGUUUUGAAUAUGCAAGUGCUUCACAUCAUUACAGAAUUCAAAUUUUGGUGAGUCGCAAAGAUGGUGGUAAUUUGAUGAACGAUGAAAAUUUAGCAGAAAUAUUAGAAAUGCAUCAAUACGUAAACAAUAAUAUCACAAUUCAUGAUGGCUUCAAUGUUUUAACUUAUACAAAUAUUUGUGGCAUUUAUUGCAACGAUAGUAACAAUAUUGCCAUUGCAUUCAUACAGGCUGUGAUUGACACAAAGAGUCAGUCUUCAUCGCUUGUUUUUACCUAUCCAAAUGCACGUGCACUUCAAAACCGGGUUUUUCUAGGAUAUUCUGUUGGUGAAACGCAUCAAUCGACGGAAGAUGCAACAACAGUUGUUGAUAGUUUCAAACUCUUCAUACUUCACUUUAUGGUCAAUUUGGAGCUUCCUAAUGGUGAUACAAUUGCUAAAAAUUUUGAAUCUCAAUUGCGAGCAUUUUUUGAAAGCAGUUCAAUCACAUCUCAAAACUUAGAUUACAAACUAACUAGUUUUGAUCGUGAGACUGAAGAGCAAAGAAGAAUUACACUUACAGCACUUCCAUUCCUAGUCGUUACGAUUUCUGUUCUUACUGUGUUUAUGGUCAUCAGCUUGAUAAAUUUUUCUCCAGUUAAAAGUCAACAUAUUGAGGCAUUUUUUGCUGUGAUUUCACCGAUAAUGGCAAUGAUUACUUCUAUGGGUUUUUUGUGGGGUUUCAAUGUUCCAUUCUCUAAUAUUCUUACAGUUGUACCUUUCCUCAUCUUAGCUAUUGGUGUUGAUGAUUCUUUUUUAAUAUUGGCUGCCUGGAGGCAUUCAAAUCCAGAUAGUGAUCUUUGUACAAGAAUUGGAGAGACGUUAGCCUAUUCGGGUGCGAGCUUCACAGUAACUUCACUGACCGAUGUGUUGUGUUUUGGGGUUGGAUUAUUUUCGAAUCUACCAAUUGUGCGAUUAUUUUGUCUUUAUGCUUGCACAGCACUCAUGUUUGAUUUUGUUUAUCAGAUUACUUUUUAUACUGCUGUUGUGGUGUACUGCAACAGACGAAAACUAAAUCUUGCUAAUGAUAGAAAAUACUGCGAUCAAAAGUCGAAGUGUGAAAGUGUGGUUGACGCAUUUUGGCGAAAAAUCGAUCAGGAAAAUUUGAAUAAAGUAUGCAUUGGUGAAAUUGGAACUAUUAAAUAUUCCCUGUCUAAUAGUAAUAGUUGGCCAGCAAAGAUACCCAAAAGAACUUACAAGAAUACUCAAACUUUCCUUCAACGAUUUAUUGGUUUUCUUCAUAUACCACUAGUAAAAUUCUGUGUGAUUACUCUAUUCAUCAUUCACAUUAUUGCAACAGUUUAUUUAUGCACUAAAGUUAAUUCAAAUUUUGAUUUGGAAAAUUUGUAUUUGAAAAAUUCACCGAUGAAAGAAAUCGCACAGCGGAUACAACAUUUUGUUCUUGGUGAAUCAUAUGUUGUCAAUUUCGGUCUCUAUCCAAUGCCAAAUUUUGCGGAUCCAUCCAUUCGUGAUAAGUUCAAUAAUCUUAUUGAGGAACUUGAAGCAAUACCCAAAUUCGGUUUGGGUCGCGUUGGUACUGUUUUAUGGACCAGAGAUUUCGAUGAUGCAGCAGCUUUUUGGGGUGAAGAAGAUGAUUUAUGGACUGAAGAUAGGUUACUGUCUGCGUUUAGAGAAUACGGGAUGGAAGAUAAAUUCAUCACAACAAAGAGAAGAGCAGAUGGCACGGAAGUCAUUUCUGGUUUCUAUUGGAUAAUAACUUACCAUAAUAUGCGCGACUUCACAGAUGUGGCAGAACUCAUGUUUCUAAGGCGGUCAAUAUUAGCAAAUUAUUCGAAAUUCUUCACUAUCAGUUCCCAUCAUCCACUAGAAAAAGUCCCAACGGAGUCAUCUGCUAGUGCUGUGAUUGACGAACGAAAGAGAAAACUACCAGAGCGUUAUACUCAGCCUAUUUCGAUCAUUGUGGGCUCAGAUACAAAUAUCAAAGAUCAAUCAAUAUCUUGUUCAAGAAAAAUCAAUCCAGUUAUAUCUAAUAUGGAUUUAAAUGCUGAUGCUCGAACAAGGCUUCUAAUUACUCUUAAUGAUGUUGGGUUGCCGGUGAUCCAAUCUGGAUGUAGCAAUUUGUUAGCUAUGUUGCCUAUUACAAUGGUGCAUGCAUAUGUAGUAGCUGUAUUCUGGAAAACAAUAGUUCUCGUCACUAUUUUGGGAUUAGCUCAUGCACUAAUUUUGUUACCUGUCAUGUUUAUCGUUAUUGAUGAUGUAAAAUUUCACAAUAAGCCAUCGUUACUUGAAGUAGAAGUACCAUGUGUGGUUAUUGGUGAUAUUCAUGGACAGUAUGAAGAUUUGCAUCGAAUAUUUACCGUUCUUGGAGAAGGUCGAAUAAGUGGUGCAGUAAAACGACGUUUUGUUUUUUUGGGUGAUUACGUUGAUCGAGGCCUGCACUCUUUGGAAACUAUUUGCUGUUUAUUGGCGUAUAAAUUGAUCUUUCCAAAAAUGUUUAACAUGUUACGUGGCAAUCACGAGUCAGCAGAUAUCAAUCAAGCAUAUGGCUUUCAAGCAGAACUUGAACGCAGAUUUCCACACAAUAACGAAAGCUCAACAUUAUGGAAUGCAUUCAAUGAACUGUUUGCAUGCAUGCCACUUUCUGCUAUUAUACAUAAUAAGAUUCUUUGCAUGCAUGGUGGCAUCGGACCAGAAUUAAAGUCAUUGGAUGAUAUUAGAAAGAUUAAACGUCCUUUAAAUGAUCCCAUUGACUCACCUCUUGCAUGCAGUCUACUCUGGUCUGAUCCAAUGCUUGAUCUUAAAGGAUUUAUUAAAAAUUCAAUCCGUGGAGCAGGUUACUUUUUUGGUGAGGACACUGUAAAUACCUGCUGCGAACAAUUAAAUAUUGACCUCAUUGUUCGAGCACAUCAACUGAUUAUGAAUGGUUAUGGAUUUUUUUGUAAAAGACGAAUGGUUUCACUCUUUUCAGCACCACGAUAUCUUUCAUGCAAGAAUAACAAAUGUGCUAUCAUGCGAGUGGAAAAAGAUCUAAGAGUUGGCUUCGUAUUGCUUUGUCCAGUUACACCUGAAACUCAAGGCAAGUUGUGA